CAGAGAACGAGCGAGUUGAGUGAGAUCUCCCCUGGUCUGUAAGAGCAAGCCCGUCGAUCAUUAUCGAAUCUCUAUCGGCUUCGAAUGUACCUCGACACAGUCACUGCCACCCUGAGAUCUCUUGUCUGAGAGGAUAAUCGCAGACAAGCCAACGAGAUCUGAGAUCUACUUAUUUGAACUCACACUCUCUUGGUCUUAUACCGACAGUCCGCGCAUCCGCUUGCUUGCCUUGCUUCCAUGGUUCCGUCUAGUCCACAGGCUCCCUCUUAGGUAGACUACAACUGGACAACCACCAGCAGCACCCUUCCUUUACUCGAGUAUCUGCCAACUUCUCCCACUUCUUUUCUCCUUCUUCUCUUCCUUCUUAUUUUCGACCAACAUUCAGCCUGGCUGAAUCUGAGGUUUACCAACCACCCCCGUCACGUCAGAUUUCAACCCUGGUAUCUUGCGUGCGCCCUCUAUUUUUCCUGUCAGUCAGCUCAACGUGCGUACCUGAAUACCGGGUCCGCCGUCGCAUUAUCAAAGCCCAGCCAGGCCCUUAGCAGAGACAGCCCAGCCAGAGCAGACAUCUAGGAAACCAGAAGCAGACGACAGUAUCCGCUGUACAGUUUUGUACCGUACCGAACCGUACCUUACUGAACCUAAUCGCACCCGCGGGAGACACUACCCAGCCCAGCCCAGCCGCCCACUCAACCACGGCCCAGUCCCCAUCCUUGCGACUCCCAUUCUUUCUCCCCAUCCCCGUACUGAAAGCGGAUCAACCCUCUUUGUGGCAUCGCUCCCGUGUCUUCGCAUUGCCUUCUCCUGGGUUUCCGUCUUUCGACAAAUCUACCAAUUCCUUUCUCAACGCCUCGAUUUGCGCUCUUUUUGGGCCUCACUUUUUCCAGGCCGUCCCGUGGGUUACUUCUAUCGACCUCUUCGCUGGUCCCGGCCUUUGGAAUCUCGUGACGUGCCACUCGCCCCAUCGUCGCCUUAUUCGCCCACGACCUCCUCUCCCCCCCGUUGGCCUUGUUCUCUCUCUUGUCCGCAAUCGCAGCGCGAAACCACACCACCAAAUAAUUAUCUCUUCCCCUCGCCGAUGCCUUGACGGUUCCUAUCGCCUCGACGCUCUACGAUUCCACAGCGGAAAAUUCAAUAGUCACAUUUUUGAUCUAUAUUCCCUUGUCCUUUUGAUUUCCGUCACGAUCACUAUCGCACCGUGCACCCAGUCCUGUCUCGUCGCGACACGCGAAAUACCUAUUAUAGACAUCCUCAGCCACUUCGAGUAUCCGACAAUCGUCUUUCGCGCACCCAUUCGCGUCGUCUGGCAACCUCACUUCAUUCCCAUCGUUCAACGUAUGCGAUAGUAUUUCAACGCGAUCGUCGAUAUCCACGCCGUGGAUAAUCGACCCGACUACUUAGUCAUGAUGGCAACAAGUAUGGGCCCAAAUUUCUCUGGGCAUCCUGCUGGCAUGGGGCAUCCAGGUGUCGCCGGCCACCCUAUGGGACCUGGUGGCAUGCCUCACAACCCAGGCCAGCAAGGCGCUCCUGGGGGAAUGCCUCAUCAAUUCGGAGGACCUAUGGUCUCUGCUCCCGGAGCACAAGUAAACCCUGCCCUCAUGGGCGGUAUGCCGCCGGGUGCGAACCCAAAUGCUCAUGCUUUGCAGCACCUCAAUCCCACCGCGCAGCAGCAAAUGCUUCAGCAACAGCUCCAGCAACAACAUUUUGGUAAUCCGCAAGCGAUGGCUGCGAUGCGACAGCAGCAGCAACACCUACUUCAGCAACAACAAGCGCGACAACUCAUGGCUCAACAAGCCUUCCAAGCCAACAUGCAGGGUGGCGGUAUUCCUAUGAACAUGGCUCAGUUUAGCCAGCUCAACCCUCAGCAGCUCCAUCAACUCAGAAGAGGUCUGGCUCCGGGACAGCAUCCACAAGCACAAGCGAUUAUGGCCCAGCAGCUUGCUCUGCAACAACAUCAAGCGCAACAGCAGCAGCAGCAACAGCAACAGCAACAGCAGCAGCAGCAGCAACAACAACAGGUUGCUCAUGCUCAGCAAAUGCAAGCUGGGCCUAAUCCUGGUCAACCGAUGCCGAUGAACGCUCAGAGCAUGCAAGCUAUGCAGCAAAAUCAGCUCGCUCUUCAAAAUCAGAUGGCCAACCAACAGGGCCAACAACCCCAGGGACAACCUCAGCCUCAACCCCAACCACAACAGCAGCAACAGCAGCCUGGCCAGCAACAGCCUCAGCACACCCCUCAGCAAUCAUCACAGGCUGGUACACCCGCUCCCACUGGACCUCAAACACCAGCUCAAACGCCCAGCUCAACUCCUGCUCAGCCAUCCCAACUUCCACCUGGACAGAGCCAACCCCAGGUACCACAAACUCCUGCUCAACCACAAGCUCAACCGCAGCCUCAGCCCCAGGCACAGGCACAACCACAGCCACAAGCCCAGCCUCAGCAGCAUCAGAUGAGCGCCACUACCGCGCAGCAACUCGCAAUUCAAAGCCAAAUUCUCCAGCAGCAGCGACGAGAUAGCAUGAAGGGCCAGUGCUUACUAAAGCUGAUGCAAUUCAGCGAACACUUGAGUGGCUUUCCUGGUUCAAAAGGCCGAGAUGACCUCUCCUACUGGCACGGCUUUGUGAUGCGCUUCUUCUCACCAAAUGGUGUCUUUCGUCAUUCAUUACAUAUCACCGACGCCGAGGAUACGACCGAUAAGCAAUAUGAAAUCGCUUAUCCCGCCAUUGCUCGAUACUUUCACACUCAUUUCGGUAGUGGCGUGAAGAAUAUGCAGUUGAUCAUGGAUAAGGGUGUGACAGAUCGACCUCUUCCUGGCGAUUGUCACUGCAUCGAGAAUUCGAAGGCCAGUUUCGUUUAUUGGUUCGAGACUGGAUCUCACUUGGUCGCUAGUGGUACGCUCCGAGCACAAUUCGACGCUGAACAAAAGAUCGAACUUUUCGAGUUCCUCACCACGAGUCAUGACGAAUUCAUCUCACGAAAACAGGUCAUCGAUGCCGCGAAGCCCGCCCAUAUGUGGAUGAAGGAAUGGCACAAAACUAACUCACAGGAUGGCAAAUCACCCGAGUUAUCUAAGAAGGGCAAGGGUCGACAGUUGAAGUCACCUCAAACCCAGCCACCAGAGGUCCUAGUCGACCUGCCGGACUCGGCUGUCAACAGCAAGGGUGUGACGGAAGCUGUCUUCCAGUUUCUUGAGGUAGGGACAGCUCACUCAGCGUAAGUAAGAGUGACGCUAAUGAAUAAUGUCCAGAUUGUUGAAGUGAUGGGACAGAUGAACCCAUUAUUCCAAUUUUACCAUUCGAACCCCGGCCUUGGCCCGUACCAAGCCCUCGAUCAGUACGUCUCGACACAGAUCAACGGAGUUCCACCCAACAUGAACGGUCAACAAAUGCCCCCCGGGGCCCGCACACCGAGCUUCGGACAAUUUCCCAUGGGUGCAAGCCCAGCCGUGGCUCAUAUGAAUCUCCCUGGAUCGCCACACAUGGGCAGCCCAGCACCUGGACACAUGCAAGCCCCCGGAAUGCAGAUGCAGCAAAGUCAGCAGGGUACUGGCUCUAGCGGCCCCAGUGCAAACACAUCCCCCGCCUCAAACAAGCGCCGACGGCCAUCAGCAGUGAAAGAGGAGGAUGGAUCUGGAGCACCUACGCCUGCUGCCAAUGGAAUGCCACGUAAUGCCAAACCACCUACACCAAGGAUGCCAAAGCGUCUCAAGGGAAACCCGCCGGCCCAGUAAGGGAUGGGCUACUUCAUCAUCUCGCACAGCCAGAUUUUUGAGUGUUUUAUUCAGCAUCACUUUGCAUGGUGGCGUCACUUCGUAUUUGGUUUUGCUAUAGGCCUGUCUGUGGGAAAGAUAUUUUGUUGUGACAGAAUGAAGGUAUUUUGAACGGCGUGUAUUUCCACACACAUACAAUCUUGGCUAUGUUUGUCAAUGCAUAACUGAUGCUCUUGGGAGGCCCCUUCUUGGAGCACACUUUUCACUGUUCAGUCACCUGUAUCUGGGCAGUGAAUUGGAGACACGGAUGACGAGACCCACGCAUGUUGGAACAUGCACAUAAUGAUAGUAAACGACAUCGUCAUGGGCCUGUUUCUUGAGCAUCAAAGCCCACCAAUAGAGGGGAAAGGGGAGAUCAGGGGAUUAAUUUGGGUAAAGUGGUUGAAGUUACCCACUCUUGUACUCUUGUACGACUACAGGGGCCUGGGGCACAGGCUGGCGUCGAAAGUCUUGGCUACCCUUACUUGUUUUUGUCAUCUGCAUUUGCCUUUAUCUUGUUUAUUUAUCUGAAAAGGACGCUCAGCAAGUAACUUGGUGUAUACGGAGGGGGGAGUUUGGAGACACUGGUGGAUUGGUCGAGCAUACUGUUGUUGUCAAUGGUCGUGUUAAUUUAAGAGCUAAAGACCAAAAUCACGGGGGAGAGGAGCUGAGGUUGUGCCGUACCGUGCUGUGUUGCGUUGCGUUGUGUUGACUUAUGAGCAGUCUGAUGGCGCGAGGAUCAUGGGUUUAUUCAGAUUAUACCUAGGCUAAAUAUGGAGUUUGGUCUUUACGAUGUUAAUUCGAAUUGUCUGUCUGUCUAAGUCUUUGUUUUAUCUUAGUGUUGAUGGUUAUGUUAAUGAGUGUCUGAUAAAGCAACAUUUGGGGCAGAGGUUCACUGUAACACAGAGUACAACCCAAAAGCCGAUAUUACAAGAAACAGAAGUGAUUCAGAGCAAUCUAACAUGAACCAAUCUCUCCGGGCAUUGGCCACUGAGAAAUCUUAUCCUUUACGGGCGUUCUGUUGAUAUCUUGUACCGCUUGUGAUGAGACAGCAUUAGACGAG